UGACUCCAUUCUAUUUAUCGAAAGUUAAACUACAAGUGAAACGGGGAUGCUGCAGUGGGGAUUGGGAAGCAUUUCACAAGCCUGAAUGCCUUUUUUCAUCCACUGUGAUUUAUUGCACAAAGGACGGUUGAAGGAAAGGGGGGGUGGAGUUCCUGGAAUCUGUGGCUAAACUCCAUCUCUCAGCUCUCUAACAGGGAGAGCUGUUCUGCCUGUGGGAAUGGGACCAGCAUAGUUCAGGAUCUGUGAUGACAGUGACAUACACCAACCGUGUGGCUGAUGCCCGCCUAGGCACCUUCUCACAGCUCCUGCUCCAAUGGAAAGGAAGUAUCUACAAACUGCUCUACUCAGAGUUCCUUAUCUUCAUCUCUCUCUACUUCACCAUCAGUCUUGUCUACAGGCUGAUCCUGAACGAGAGCCAAAGGCUGAUGUUUGAGAAGCUGGCGCUCUACUGCAACAGCUAUGCUGAGCUAAUCCCUGUGUCCUUUGUGCUGGGUUUCUACGUGGCUCUGGUGGUGUCCCGCUGGUGGGCUCAGUAUGAGAGCAUACCAUGGCCUGACCGGAUCAUGAACUUGGUUUCCUGCAAUGUGGAUGGGGAGGAUGAGUACGGGCGACUCCUGCGUCGCACCCUCAUGCGCUACAGCAACCUGUGCAGUGUCCUGAUCCUGCGCUCAGUCAGCACCGCUGUCUACAAGCGCUUCCCCAGCAUGGAGCACGUCGUGAGGGCAGGCCUCAUGACACCAGAAGAGCACAAGAAGUUUGAGAGCUUGAAUUCCCCACACAACAAGUUUUGGAUCCCGUGUGUGUGGUUCUCCAACCUGGCUGUGAAGGCAAGGAAUGAGGGGAGGAUCCGGGACAGCGUGCUGCUCCAAGGCAUCCUGAAUGAGCUCAACACCUUGCGCAGCCAGUGUGGGCGACUCUAUGGGUAUGACUGGAUCAGCAUCCCCUUGGUCUACACUCAGGUGGUGACCGUGGCUGUUUACAGCUUCUUCCUGGCUUGUCUGAUCGGGCGGCAGUUCCUGGAUCCAGAAAAAGCAUAUCCUGGCCAUGAACUAGAUCUCUUUGUGCCCGUCUUUACGUUUCUGCAGUUCUUCUUCUAUGCUGGCUGGUUAAAGGUGGCUGAGCAGCUCAUCAACCCUUUUGGAGAGGAUGAUGAUGACUUUGAAACCAACUGGCUCAUUGACAGGAAUCUACAGGUCUCCCUUAUGGCUGUGGAUGAGAUGCACCAGGAUUUACCCAUUCUGGAGAAGGACCUAUACUGGAAUGAGCCUGAUCCCCAGCCCCCCUACACUGCAGCCACUGCUGAGUACAAGCGCCCAUCAUUCCUUGGCUCAACUUUUGAUAUCAGCAUGCAGAAAGAAGAGAUGGAGUUCCAGCCCCUGGAGCAAAUUAAAGAGAAUGAGGAGGCCAACCAUUCCACACCAUUACUGGGGCACCUGGGCCGGCUUCUUGGUGUGCAGUCACCCAGCUUCUCCAGGUCCUCUUCCCGGAUGAACCUGCUGCGCCGGAGAGAACCCACGUCCCCUUUCUCCCAUUACACAUACCAAGACAUGGGCAAGGCUGGAAGCCCUUGUGGCAUCAAUCAGCCAAGGAGAGACUCCAGCUCACAGGAACAGUGGGACAGCGAAGAUGGAAAACUAAGAGAGUUUGAUGCCUUCAUGUCAACCCCAUUCUACGAGAGACCUGGUUUCUACAGCGCUCCACAGACACCCAUCAGCUCCAUCCCUAUGAUUUUCCCUUCUAGACGCCAAGGCCGCAAGAAGCCUCCUGCACUCUCCAGCAUUGCUGCAUGCUCGACUUCUCUGAGGGAUGUGGUCAGUACCUCCCCUUCUAGAGUCAGUGAUGUGUAUAAAAGCCAAAGCUCCAUUGGCUCGGGUGCAAAGGAAACAUUUAUUUGGCCAACAGACCGAAGCAAAGGUUCUGACUCACUGGUUGUAACAGCAGAAGAAAAGAGCAACUCUUACGGUAAAGGCAAAGAAGGUAUCACCACAGGAAGCCCAGGAGUUCAGUCCACAGCAUCAGAUAGCCCUAAGUUCCCCUUCUUGACAGAGUCCCCAGACUAUGAGAAGCAGGGUAGCUUCAAGAGCCUGAAGAGCUUGAAAUCUUCCCACCCUCCCUGGCUAUCACUGGAGAGCACAGCAUCACCUACUCCCAAUUCUGAGCACUUUCACACCCCCAAUAACAAAACCCCUGGAAGCAGCACCUCUUUCUGCUUCUCCUUCACCCCUGUAACAUCCCCAGUGCUGCAGAGGUCCCACAUGGGGAAUAUGGGUCCUGAUGCUCGCAGCCUAAGUUUAGAAGAUGCAGCCAGUGCUCCAGACCAGCAUCCAGCAGAGGUUUCCAGGAACACAAGAGACACUGGAAAUGGAAGCACGAAUGCUCCCCCUACAAAAGAGACAAGACGAGCUGAGAGUCCAUCCCCCAAUGACUCUGGCAUCUCUCUAGCUGAAGGUGACUAUGUGGGGCUGAUGGAGGUGAUCAUGGAGACCAGUGAAAGCACAUGUGAAGAGCAGAUGGACCAGUACAGCUAGAGAGCAAGAGGCACAGUUCUGUUGAGAUACUGCAGUAUCUUUACACUUGGCCACACUGGCACUCACCCAAACAGGGCAACACAGCCAAACCACCUACUGCUGGAACAUAGAGCUAAAGCCCAGCCUAGGCUAAAGCCAGCACUAAAGACUCACUGCUACUGGCAUUGGGUACAGUAGCAGACACAACGUCAGUGCUGCACCAAUAAAACCACCAAAAACCCCUCUACAUCUGUAGCAAAAGACCUUUGAGUGCGAAGUACUGCAGAUACACAACAGCAGAGCAGUAUCUCAGCAGGUACCAGCCUGAAGAACUUGGAGUGCAAGUGUCACCCAAAACAGAAGGACAUUAAUAAGGACAUCUCCCCCUCCUCACCACAGCACGAAUUGGAAUGUGAGCUUUAUGUCAGUGCGUCACAACACCCAUUACAAGUCUCAGGCAUGACUUGCACUACUGACAAGAUACUCCAGGGAAAUGGACUGAAGCAAGACUCACCAUUUGUGAUGCAGACUCAAAGGGCCUCGAUGUCAUUCCCAGCAGUGUUUUCCAGUUCUGGAAAAGUAAUGGAACAAGGCAAGGCAAGUGUCUACCAGACCAGGUGGCUGCAGGCAAUGGGAUUUCCCCUACACAUUGCUUCCUUUUCCACAUCACAUCUGCCACUGAUUUGACAAUGCUCAGAGAAUAAGUUGUUUGGAUGGCAGCAGAAACCAUAGAGCUUUGGGGUUUUACUGUCCUCCUUAACAAAAUAAAAGCAAGGCUGAAGACCA